CACAGCUUCCUUAGUAACGAGUCACGUGACAGCUUCUCAAGCAACAAUAGUCAAAUAUGGCGGCCGUGGCACAUGGCUUGAUGCUUUCACUCAGGUUUGAGCUGGGCUAGGGCAGUCCCGGCUAUGGGCCGCAACCACUGCGCUGCCAUCGUUCUCUUCAUCAACUCAGCCGCAACUGUCGGGAACGUCACAGAGACCGAGACCCGCUCGAGCGAACAGUGUCCACCGGAGGCGACGACGACGUCGAGGAGGAGGUGGAGGAGGAAGAGGAAGUGGAGGAGGAGGCACACGGCGGCGACAGCAACUGCUUCGUCCGAGUCUACCCGUCCUCUGCGUCGCCCCACCUACCAACGCUGAAAGCAAUCACGGACACCGCCACUGGGUGGCUGUGACCCCACCCUCAUUCUCACAUACACACACACACACCAACAUCACCCCAUCUCCCUCCAAACUCCGCUUUUCACUCACACCCCACCCCCCGGUCAAUUCUACUUUGCACUCACCUGCCUUCCCGUCUGGCCAGCUGACCAGCCCUUUGCCGUUCCCCUCACCUCCACCCUCCUCCUCUUCACCUCAUCCAGUAGCAAAACUCUCCCCACCCCCCCGUAACUCUCCUCCCACUGUACAAGCGCACGUGUACCAUGGAUCAAUACCAGACCAUCAAACAGCUGGGAGACGGAACCUACGGCAGCGUGAUCCUGGCCAGGAAGCAAGACACCUCGCAACUUGUUGCCAUCAAGAAAAUGAAAAAGAAGUUCUAUUCGUGGGAUGACUGCGUCAGUUUACGGGAAGUGAAGUCGUUAAGGAAGCUGAAUCAUCCAAAUAUUGUGAAAUUGAAAGAAGUAAUUAGAGAGAAUAACGAGUUAUAUUUUAUAUUUGAAUACAUGAAGGAGAAUUUGUACCAGAUGCUGAAGGACCGGGACCGUUACCUGGCGGAGUCUGUAGUUAGAAAUAUCAUCUACCAAGUUCUGCAAGGCCUCACGUUCAUGCAUAAAAAUGGAUUCUUCCACCGUGAUUUGAAACCUGAGAACCUAUUGUGUACAGGGCCAGACCUGAUUAAAAUCGCUGACUUUGGACUAGCGAGGGAAACGCGUUCGCAGCCUCCUUACACAGACUAUGUCUCGACGAGAUGGUAUCGUGCCCCAGAAGUCCUCCUCCGUGCCACCAACUACAGCUCCCCCAUAGACAUGUGGGCAGUUGGCUGUAUCAUGGCCGAGGUCUACACUCUCCGUCCACUCUUCCCAGGCAGUUCAGAGAUUGACCAAAUAUUCAAGAUUAGCUCCAUUCUGGGCACACCAGAAAGGAAGUGCUGGGAUGAAGGCUACAGGCUUGCUGCCAGCAUGAACUUUCGUUGGCCCCACUGCGUCCCCAUCAACCUGAAAACAGCUGUGCCAAAUGCCAACAAUGAGGGGUUGGCUGUGAUGAGGGACCUCAUGAAGUGGAACCCUAAGGACCGACCCUCUGCUAGUCAGACAUUAAAGUACAAUUUCUUCCAUGUUGGCGUCAAACUGAAUGGACCAAAGCCACAACAACAGCCACCUCCACAACAACAACAACAACAACAGCAGCAACAACAACAACAACAACAGUUAUAUCAUCACCAUCAUCACCAGCAGCAGCCACAACACCAGCAGCAGCAUCAUCAUCAGCAACAUCAGCAGAAACAGCAGCCAGGUGGCCAUCGAAUGGACGGGGAGGUUGGUGGUGUGAAGGGUGGUGAAGUGGGGAGUAUCCUCCGGGAGCAGUACAAGUACCACACGCCUCACACUCACCCGCAGUUGAAGCCCCUCGCCGAGAACCGCAACAAUACCAACAUCCUGCCGACCCUGACAUCGGGCAAGACGAAUCAGGAACCGAUCCCUCAGCUUCACCAUCAUUCUGCCAAAAAGACGAGCGCCCGGAAGCGCUGGGGCCUGGACAUGUCCUGGGAUGAGCCUGACAGUUUUGACCUCACUGAUGUCCAGAACACUAAACACUCGUUUCUGUCGGGUUUAAAGGACAAACGCACCGAGAACAAUACCAGUUACAUCUUUGACGAUAUUGGCUUUGAUGAAGAGUUUGCCAGCUUCUCCAAGAAGAAGGCUCCACCUGUGAAGGCGCCAAUGACCAAUAGACAGAACUCUGGUCAACACACCAGCCGGUCAUCGGCCAAACAGUUUUACCUUGGGAAAGCUCGUUACCUACCAGGUAUAAAUCCUACGUUAGGCUCAGGAUGUAAAGACAAUGUUGCGCUGUGGAGUAAGCCAUUCACCAACCUCUCUCGCAAUAACAACACAGAUUUUAGCUGGAAACCGACCCCUAGUAAUUUAAAGAAAAAUUCUGCAACCUACAGAAGACCCUCAGUUGGGGCAGCACUGCAUGGUCGUCCUGAUUGGGCAGCUAAAUAUUUGAAAUCCUGAAAUUAUCCAAGAAUUUCGGAAAUGGUGCCAACUUUAUAAAUAUACACAGACUGAUAUAUAUAUUUAUACAUUUAAGUAUAUAUAUAUAUGUACAUAUAUAUGUAUGUAUAUAUGU